CCCUGCAGGUAUCUUCUUUUCCCAUAACUUCAGUGCCCUGAAACCCGAGUAUUCCACCAAGAUAAUAUGAUAGGCACUUUCCGUGGUUUGGAGCCAUAUCCUACUUAGACGAAUGCGGGCCUUCCAGAGGUCCUGAGAGCUUGGUACAGAGCACACACUGCUUGCUAGUUGGCGCGGCAAUAAUGCCAUCUCUGCCUCAAGAAAGAGUUAUUCAGGGGCCUUCUGCCUUGGAUCUGAGUACAGAGCUGCCUUUUCAAAGCACACUGAAAAGGAGAGUCAGAAAGAAGAAAAAGAAGGGAACAAUCACAGCCAAUGUUGCUGGGACAAAGUUUGAAAUUGUUCGUUUAGUAAUAGAUGAAAUGGGAUUUAUGAAAACUUCAGACGAGGAUGAAACCAGUAACCUGAUAUGGUGUGACGCCGCAGUUCAGCAGGAGAAGAUUGCAGAGCUGCAAAACUACCAGAGGAUCAACCAUUUUCCAGGAAUGGGGGAGAUCUGUAGGAAAGAUUUCUUAGCAAGAAAUAUGACCAAAAUGAUCAAGUCCCGGCCUCUGGAUUAUACCUUUAUUCCUCGAACAUGGAUCUUCCCUGCUGAAUAUACUCAAUUCCAGAACUACAUGAAAGAAUUGAAGAAAAAAAGGAAGCAGAAAACUUUUAUAGUAAAACCAGCUAAUGGUGCAAUGGGUCAUGGGAUUUCUUUGAUAAGAAAUGGUGACAAACUUCCAUCGCAGGAUCAUUUGAUUGUUCAAGAAUACAUCGACAAGCCUUUCCUAAUGGAAGGCUACAAGUUUGAUUUACGAAUUUACAUUCUGGUAACAUCAUGUGAUCCACUAAAAAUAUUUCUCUACCACGAUGGACUUGUGCGAAUGGGAACAGAGAAGUACAUUCCACCUAAUGAGUCCAAUUUGACCCAGUUAUACAUGCACCUGACAAACUACUCUGUGAACAAGCACAAUGAGCGUUUCGAAAGGGACGAGACGGAAAACAAGGGCAGCAAACGCUCCAUCAAAUGGUUUACGGAAUUCCUGCAAGCAAAUCAACAUGAUGUUGCCAAGUUUUGGAGUGACAUUUCAGAGCUGGUGGUUAAGACUCUGAUUGUGGCAGAGCCUCAUGUCCUGCAUGCUUAUCGGAUGUGCAGACCUGGGCAGCCUCCGGGGAGUGAAAGUGUCUGCUUCGAAGUCCUGGGAUUUGAUAUUUUGUUGGACAGAAAGCUAAAGCCGUGGCUUCUGGAGAUCAACAGAGCUCCGAGCUUUGGGACUGAUCAGAAAAUAGACUAUGAUGUAAAAAGGGGAGUGCUGCUAAAUGCACUGAAGCUCCUCAACAUCAGGACCAGCGAUAAAAGGAAAAACUUGGCCAAACAAAAAGCUGAGGCUCAAAGGAGGCUUUAUGGUCAGAAUUCAAUCAAAAGGCUCUUGCCAGGUUCCUCAGACUGGGAGCAGCAGAGGCAUCAGCUGGAGAGGCGGAAAGAGGAGUUGAAAGAGAGACUUGUUCAAGUGCGAAAGCAGGUCUCUAAAGAACAACAUGAAAAUCGACAUAUGGGGAAUUAUAGACGAAUUUAUCCUCCUGAUGAUAAAACUCUACUUGAAAAGUAUGAAAAUUUGUUGGCUGCUGCCUUUCAGACCUUUCUUUCAGGAAGAGCAGCUUCAUUCCAGCGUGAGCUGAACAAUCCUUUGAAAAGGAUGAAGGAGGAAGAAAUUUUGGAUCUUCUGGAACAAUGUGAAAUCGAUGACGAAAAGUUGAUGGGCAAAACUUCCAUGCCUCGAGGACCAAAGCCUCUCUUUUCCAUGCCUGAGAGUACAGAGGUGAUGAGAAGACAGAAGUACUACAGCAGUGAUAGCAGUUAUGAUAGUAGUGACAGCUCUUCAGAAUCAGAUGAAAAUGAAGAGUACCAAAGUAAAAGAAGAGAAAAGCAAGUUACUUAUGAUCUUAAACAGCCCAACCACUGCAAAAUAUUCCAAACAUCCAGUUCCAUAAGGCGUUCAUUCAGUUGCCCUCGGUCCAUCUCUUCUCAAUCACCUUGUAGUGCAGACAUCCGCCCUCUUUCUGCUCAACAAAUGAUGUCAGCAUCCCGGACAACUUCAUCGUGUCGGUCACAUUCCUUAAACCGUGCUUCCUCCUACGUGAGGCAUCUGCCUCAUAGUAAUGAUGCCAACUCUAAUUUUCAGGUGAGUGAGUCUUUGCGGCAACCAAGAACAAAAGAACAAGAAGAGGAUCUAACAAGUCAGACCUUACUUGUCCUCCAGGACAUGAAGAUCCGUUUUCCAGGGAAAUCAGAUGCAGAAACACAACUUCUGGUAGAAGAUAUCCUUGAAAACUGGAAGUUUCAUAAAACAAAAGUGGCUUCAUAUUGGCUCAUAAAAUUGGACUCUGUAAAACAACGAAAAGUUUUGGACAUUGUAAAAACAAAUAUUCGCACAAUUCUUCCACGCAUCUGGAAGGUGACUGAUGUCGAUGAACUACAUUUAUAUCGGAUUUUUAACCGGGUUUUUAAUCGCUUACUCUGGAGUCAUGGCCAAGGACUAUGGAACUGUUUCUGUGAUUCAGGAUCCUCUUGGGAGAGUAUUUUCAGUAAAAGCCCGGAGGUGGUGACUUCUUUGCAGCUCCAGUGUUGCCAGCGCCUAGUUGAACUAUGUAAACAGUGCCUGCUUCUGGUUUACAAAUAUUCAACGGAGACAAGAGGAUCAUUCUCAGGCAUUGGCACUGACUGGGGUAAUUCCAGGUAUUUACUACCAGGAUGUACACAAUUCUUCAUGAGAUCACCAGUCUACAACUUGAAAUACUGUUCACCUGGAAUGACUCGCUCCAAUGUUUUGUUUACAUCCAGAUAUGGCCAUUUGUGAAACAGAAGGGAAAUUUCCAUGGGUUAUGCAUUAUAGUAAUUCAUUGCCCCCCUAAUGUAAACAUGCAAAGAAAGCAACCGUUAAGUGCUGUUUUAUGUAUAUAGGACAUAUAUAUGUGUGAAAUAUAUGCACACAUCUCUCAAAUAAUAUAUUUAUUAUAUAAAAGAAUUAGGAAACUUGGAUAGAAGACUUAACCUUUCUGUAAAUGUAAUAAACCAUGUUAAUAUUGUUUACACAAUA